UUAAGAGAAGCCAUUUUCAAGACAAUUUGUUAGUCUCUUGUCUGUUCUAACCCUCCUCCUCACCCAGGAGGGAUGGAGAUAGGAAAGAAACCAAUUAUGAAGUUGCCAAAAUCCAAUGUUUUUCUAUCACCUUCUUCAUCAUCACCAUCAUCGAUGGCUGUCCUCCUGGUCCUUCUUUACGCCUUCUUCUCCGCCUCCACCACCACCACCACGGCGGCCUUAGGUCCCUUCGUUCCCCAAGAUAGCUUCCUCAUUGACUGUGGUGCAGAGAAACCUGCAGCCACCCUGUCUGAUGGAAGAGUCUUCAAAACCGAAGAGCAAUCCAAGCAGUUCUUACAAGCCAAAGAUGAUAUCAAAGUUUCCGUUGACAAGGCCGAGGAUGUUCCUUCUCCCAUUUACUCGUCAGCGAGGAUCUUUGUUCAGGACGCAACUUACUCGUUUCCCUUGUCUCGACCAGGAUGGCAUUGGGUACGCCUCCAUUUCUAUCCCCUCAGCGAUGACCAAUUCGACCUCAUGAAAUCCACUUUCUCUGUUAACACUGACAAGUAUGUUCUUCUACAUAGCUUCAACAUGAACAACAGCACCAAUUACGUCCUCAAGGAGUACCUUUUGAACGUCACCGAGUCACAAUUCUCGAUCAAAUUCCUCCCCAUGAAGAACUCUGCUGCUUUUGUCAAUGGCAUUGAGGUGGUUUCGGCUCCUGAUGACUUGAUCAUCGACACUGCCAAUGAACUUUUGCCGGUAGCCGAGUUUUCGGGGCUGUCGAAAUUCGCCUACCAAACCAUGUACCGGCUUAACAUGGGAGGACCACUCAUCACAGCCGCAAACGACACGCUCGGUCGGACAUGGACGCCGGACAAGUCGUACCUUCUGUCCAAAAAGUUGGCUAAGAGUGUCUCAGUCGCGACCACCGUCGUCAAGUACCCACAAGGACACUCGCCACUGAUUGCACCACAAACUGUGUAUGCUUCUGCUGUUGAAAUGGCUGACGCCCAAACAAACAGGCCUAAUUUUAAUGUGACAUGGAACUUUGAAGCAGACCCGUCUUUUGGGUACGUUAUUCGGUUUCAUUUUUGUGACAUUGUCAGCAAAGCACUGGGUAACCUCUACUUCGAUGUCUACAUUAAUGGGAAAAUUGCGAUAUCUGACUUGGACUUGUCAGCCACUUUGAAUGGUUUGGCAAUGGCAUACUACAAGGAUAUUGUGGUUAAUGCUUCCUUGAUGUCUAAUGGACUGAGUGUCCAAAUUGGUAAUUCUAAAUUGGGUUCCGGUGAACUGAACGCCAUUUUGAACGGCCUGGAGGUAUUGAAAAUGAGCAAUUCGGUAGAUAGUCUUGAUGGAGAAUUUGGGGUCAAUGGAAGUCAGGCUAAUGGUAGGAGCAGCCACAGUACGGUGGCUGCAGUCGGGUUUGCCAUGAUGUUUGGAGCCUUUGUUGGUCUUGGUGCAAUGGUGAUCAAGUGGCACAAGAGGCCUCAAGACUGGCAAAAGAGGAAUAGCUUCUCUUCGUGGUUGCUUCCUCUUCAUGCAGGUGACACGAGCUUCAUGUCAAGCAAGAACUCUCUAGGGUCUCACAAGAGCAACUUUUACUCCUCAACUUUGGGAUUAGGUCGGUACUUCUCCUUGGCUGAGUUGCAGGAGGCAACCAAGAAUUUCGACGCCAAUGAAGUGAUCGGCGUUGGUGGGUUUGGAAAUGUGUAUAUAGGCGUGAUCGACGACGGGACUAAAGUCGCUGUCAAGCGAGGUAACCCGCAAUCAGAACAAGGCAUUACAGAGUUCCAGACAGAGAUCCAGAUGUUGUCAAAGCUCCGGCACAGACAUUUGGUUUCCCUGAUUGGAUACUGUGAUGAAAACUCAGAGAUGAUCUUGGUUUAUGAGUACAUGUCCAACGGUCCUUUCAGGGAUCAUUUGUACGGUAAGAACUUGUCGCCACUGUCAUGGAAGCAGAGGCUGGAGAUCUGUAUAGGCUCAGCUCGGGGGCUUCACUACCUUCACACUGGCACUGCACAGGGAAUUAUUCACCGUGAUGUUAAGACCACCAACAUUUUGCUUGAUGAAAACUUGAUUGCCAAAGUUGCUGAUUUCGGGCUCUCAAAGGAUGCUCCUAUGGGGCAGGGUCAUGUGAGUACUGCAGUGAAGGGAAGCUUCGGGUACUUGGACCCCGAGUAUUUCAGAAGGCAGCAAUUGACAGAUAAAUCAGACGUGUACUCCUUUGGGGUGGUUCUGCUCGAGGCACUCUGUGCAAGGCCCGCCAUCAACCCCGCACUGCCAAGGGAACAAGUGAACUUGGCUGACUGGGCAAUGCAAUGGAAGAGGAAGGGCUUGCUUGACAAGAUCAUUGACCCUCUACUUGUCGGUUAUAUUAAUCCUGAAUCAAUGAAGAAGUUUGCUGAAGCUGCAGAGAAGUGCUUGGCUGAACAUGGUGUGGACAGGCCUACAAUGGGAGAUGUGCUGUGGAACUUGGAGUAUGCUCUGCAGCUUCAAGAGGCUUUCUCCCAAGGUAAUACCGCUGAGGAUGAAACCAAAUCCUCUGCCACUGUUUCCACCACUCCUGCUGUUGUGGUGGCUGCCGCCACUACCUCUGAUACCCGUCCUGUCUGUCAUCCUGAAGAGGGUAACAACAAUAACAGUAACACCCCAGCUCAAGUUCAGACCAUUGAUGAGCAUUCAGGAACUGCCAUGUUUGCCCAGUUCACUAAUCUGAAUGGUAGGUAA